AUGGUUUCCCAUAACAGUAAUAAUAAACUUGUGGAAGGAUUGAAUAACAUGACAACAACAAGUUCUUUAAUAAAAAAACAAGCUGAAAGUCAACUUAAAGCAAUUACUUGUUUAACAAAAUGGGCAACUGACAAUGAUAAUAUGGCUAUCGAGGAUGUCAUUAAAAAAACUUUUAGCCUUUUUGAAAUAUUUACUGAUAAGUUAUUUCAACUUGCCCGGGAACAGGAUACAUCUAUAAAAGAACUCAAGAAAAUGGUGCAAACAGAAACUUCAAUAAAAAAUGCUAAGAAAAAAUUGGAACGAUCUAUUGAAUAUGAGAAAGAAAUGGAAAAACAAAUUAAAAAAUAUUCUUCAUCUUCUUUUAGUUUUUUUAAGGCAAAGAAAAUGACUAAUUUAGAAAUUUUACAACAUAAUUUAAAUGAAGCUAGGAGUGCAACAUUUAAUGCUAGUAGAGAAUUAGAUGAUAUCAAAGCAGAAAUGGAAGUUAUAAAAAUGUUUAGAUUUAGAAAAGGAAUGGAAAAAUUAUCUGUUGCUUGGAGAAAAUUUGCAAAUGAUAUAUCUUUAAUUUUUGCUUGUCAACAAGAGCUUGUUGAAAUGGUUCCAGCAAUAGGAACAGAAGAUGUAAGAGAAAUGAUUUAUGCAGGAGCUUCCAGUACAGAAUCAAUGGUUGAUGAUUUAAAAAGAAAAUUAAAUUAUUUUAACAAUCCUAAUAAUACAGGUAAAAUUACACCGAAAGAUUCAACUAUUAAGAAAUCUCAUUUGAUUAAAAAGAGAGAAUUUCCAUCACCUUUAUUAUAUGUAACUAACUUUCCUAAAAUAAAUACACCAAUUAAACCAACAUAUUCCAGUUUUGGAAAAUUGUCGAAUAAUUCUGAUUAUUCAUCUUGUAAUAGUUUAGAAAAUUAUGAACCUCCAAUUGUUAAUUCUACAACAAUACCACCAUCAGUACAAGGUGAUGAUAGUGGAUAUGAAAAUAUGUAUCCUGUACUUCCACCAAACCCAUACAUUGAUAAACAAAAAUUGAAUGAUAAAAAAGGAUUUGUGACAAAUUUAUAUAAUUCAACGUGUAAUCAAACGUUUAUGUCAAAUAAAAGUAUAAAAAAUUAG